UUAUCAAACAAUCACGUGGUGAUCAAAACAAAUCAUGCAUUGCGUGGCAAGAUUGCACAACACGCUACACAACUUUUUUAAUAACAGAGAGAUAAACUCAAUAACUACAACAAUACUUAUAUUCAUUUCUCUGUACAUUUCUAUUAUCACUCUCUUAGGUGAAAACUUUUUGAAUCCACUUGCCGAUCAUGUAAAUCCAGUCAACGCUACUAAUGAAGAUGUGACCGUGCGAUCGAUAUUUGUAAUAUUUAUUCUUCUUGUUGCUGGAAUUUUUGCAGCAAAAAUUUCAAAAGCAUUGAGGCUUCCUCCACUAUUCGGAUGUCUUGCACUUGGAAUAAUUAUCAAAAACAUCACUGUCUUUGACCAAUUUUUUGUCUUCCCUCCAUUUGUCGAAACCAUGAUUCGAAAAGUCGCUUUGGUCAUGAUUAUUGUUCGUUGGGGGCUUGCAACAGAUAUUCAUUUUCUUUAUGAAAAUGCUCUCAUGCCAGUCACCAUUGGUCUCGUUACAGCAAUUGGAGAAAUAAUUGCAGUCACAAUUGCAUCAUACUUCAUUUUGAAUAUUUCAUUUGUGAUGUCGAUUUUCUGCGCAUUAAUUCUUGUGACGGUGUCCCCUGCUGUGACCGUUCCAGCCAUGAUCAACUUCAAAGAAAAACAAUUGGGGUCUCUUAAAAGAAUUCCUGAAAAUAUUUUGGCCAUUUGUUGCGUCGACAAUCUUUUCUGCGUUAUUUUAUUCAUGGUUCUUUCGUCCAUUAUUUUUACCGAUGCCCCAAUAGCUACUACAAUCCUUCUCAACGCUGGAAGUAUUGUAUUUGGAUGCAUCGGCGGAAUUGUACUUGGAUGGAUUCUGUGGAGAUUCCCAAGAUCAGAUGCUCCACACACUCAAUUCGCAAGAAUAACUCUUCUUGGUACUAUUUGUAUUGCAGUUGUUAUUGGAACUUAUCUUAUCAAGUACUCCUGCUCUGGUUUUCUCGCCGCUCUCAUCACUAGUGCAAUGAGUGCAAUGCAAUGGAAAGCAGAUAAUAAAGAGAAGUUAGAAUGCGUUGAGUCUACAUAUAAAUACAUAUGGGAUUCCUUCGCGCUUCCACUUCUUUUUAUCUGCCUCGGAAUGAAGUUUGACUGCUCAACUCUGACAUGGGAGAUUGUGUUUUUGUGCAUUGCUGUUAUUGCAAUUGGUCUGUUAGUAAGAACGAUUUUGGUAAUGUUGGUAACACUCUCCUCACACAUUAAUUUCAAAGAGCAAAUUGUUGUUGCUCUGAGCUUGCUUCCAAGAGCCACUUUCCAGGCCGACCUUGCUCCAACUCUACUUUUGAUGGCUACACCAUUCCCAGACAUGGCCAAGGAUGCAGCACUCAUCUUAAAAGCUGCCAUUUUAUCUGUUCUAAUCACAGCUCCUAUUUUUGAUAUUCUUCUCAAUCUUGUUGGAUCUAAAUGUCUCUCUCAAUACAAUCCACAGGAUGCGCCGGCAAUUGAGAAAAAUUUUGACAAAACCUAUAUGAAUGGUGAUCAUGUUGAUGAAACCAUCUAUGCCGCCCGUCCGAAGACAUAUUCGGAAUACCGCAGUGAAGCUGUUAUCGAAAGAUAUUAAAAAUUUACCCAAACUUUUUAGAUUUUAUUACAAUUUUCCUCUGAAAAAAAAAACAAAAUAAUUCCUAAUUUCCCAUAUUUAUAAUAUUAUUAUCAAGUCAAUUCAAAUUCAAUUUAAAUGACCAUAACCAGGAAAAGACAUUUCACCAAUUUUCCAAUUCGAUUUAUUUUACUUAUCCACAUCUACCAAUUUCCCGUUCCAGCAUGUUUUUAAAUAUGUCAUUCUGAAAUUUCGUCAUGAUUCUGUUAUACCCUUCUUACUUGAACCAUAUCUGAUCUUAUCAACCACACCAGUUGAACCAAUUUUUUGUAACCAAUAUGAAAUUUCAUUUAC